CCGUCCGCUUUUUCUCCUGCCGCAAAGCGCGAGCAAACAACGCGAGGCCGUUCCGUGCCAUCGUGCUCCUCGUGGUCAUCCCCUGGGUCCCACUCGUGCAGGACUCGUCACACUCCAGCGCUCACACUCGGCCGCGCUCCCACUGCGCGCUCCCCCGUGCGCGGCGAUCUCCUCGGCGAGCUCCCUCGCAGCGACCCCCUCCCCCCCCCCCCCGGAUCCCGCCAUGUCGUCGGCUGCCUCCACCUUUCUCCUCGCGCUCGCGUCCGCCUCCCCCGGGGGCCGCAGGCAGGCCAGGGUCGGCUCCACGCCGUUCCACGACGGCGCGAACCUGAAUUUCCGGUUCUGGGCGCCGCCGCGCGCGCCUUGGGGUGCGACGCUUGUGCGCGCGGGGGCUGGGGACGGGGGCAAGGGCGCGGCGCCGGAGCGGAGGGGCGAAGCCGCUUCUUCGGCCAGGAGGCAGCCCCGCGCCCGGCGCGGCGCUGGCAAGGCGGUCGCGAAACGGAAGGACCCCGUCCAGCCGGUCGGCCGUUACGACACCGGAACGGGCGACGCAGCGAGAGGAGGCGGGGCGUCCGUGCCGGCGCUGGUGCCGAAGCAGGACACCGCGGCUCGUUUGGCGAACCAGAACGGCGCGUCGGCAGGCGGUGAGAACAAAUACAUCGUCGCCGCGCCGCCUGCGAACAUAGUGAAGUUCCCAGCUCCGGGCUCCGGCGUGAUCCUUGCCUCCGGAGACAUGACGCCGGGUACUAUCGUCCCAGGCCCGAAGCAGCCGCCACCCCUGCCGUCCGGGACAAACUUUGUGUCGCCGGCUUCUGUUCCCAGGUCUGACACCGGUGGCAAUGUGGAAUGUGCAGAGGAGAAAGGAGCACAGGCUGUUGUUGACGUUCCAAAGCCAGAGGCGCCUUCUACCCCUGCGCCUGCGGUACAAGAAGCCGCUUGGGAUUUCAAGAAAUAUAUCGGUUUCGACGAGCCUGCUGAAGCGAAGGAUGAUGACUGGGCUGUUGCAGAUGGUGCUGGGUCCUUUGAACAUUCCCAGAACAAUGAUUCCGGCCCUUUGGCCGGUAAGAAUGUCAUGAAUGUGAUCAUGGUGGCCGCUGAAUGUUCUCCCUGGUGCAAAACAGGUGGUCUUGGAGAUGUUGUUGGAUCUUUGCCCAAGGCUUUGGCGAGAAGAGGACAUCGUGUGAUGGUAGUAGUACCAAGGUAUGGGGACUACGCAGAAGCCCUCGAUGUAGGAAUCCGAAAAUACUACAAGGCUGCAGGACAGGACUUGGAAGUGAAAUAUUUCCAUGCAUAUAUCGACGGAGUAGAUUUUGUGUUCAUCGAUGCCCCUCUCUUCAAGCAUCGUCAGGAUGACAUCUAUGGGGGGAGCAGACAGGAAAUUAUGAAGCGUAUGAUUUUGUUCUGCAAGGUUGCAGUUGAGGUUCCAUGGCAUGUUCCAUGCGGCGGUGUGCCUUACGGGGAUGGCAAUUUGGUGUUCAUUGCAAACGAUUGGCAUACUGCACUCCUCCCUGUUUAUCUGAAGGCAUAUUACAGAGACCAUGGAUUGAUGCAAUACACUCGCUCCGUUGUGGUCAUACAUAACAUCGCUCACCAGGGACGUGGACCUGUAGAUGAAUUCCCGUACAUGGACUUACCUGAACACUACCUCGACCACUUCAAGUUGUACGAUCCCGUCGGCGGCGAGCACGCCAACAUCUUCGCCGCAGGGCUGAAGAUGGCUGACCGGGUAGUCACCGUCAGCGGAGGCUACCUGUGGGAGCUGAAGACGGUGGAAGGCGGCUGGGGCCUUCACGAUAUCGUCCGGUCAAACGACUGGAAAAUCAACGGCAUCGUGAACGGCAUCGACCACCAGGAGUGGAACCCCGAGGUGGACAUUCACCUGCGCUCCGACGGCUACACCAACUACUCCCUCCGGACGCUGGACGCCGGCAAGCGGCAGUGCAAGGCGGCCUUGCAGCGGGAGCUGGGCCUGGAGGUGCGCGACGAUGUGCCGCUGCUCGGGUUCAUCGGGAGGCUGGACGGGCAGAAGGGCGUGGAGAUCAUCGCGGACGCGAUGCCGUGGAUCGCGGGGCAGGACGUGCAGCUGGUGAUGCUGGGCGCCGGGCGCGGCGACCUGGAGCGCAUGCUGCAGCACUUCGAGCGGCUGCACCACGACAAGGUGCGCGGGUGGGUCGGGUUCUCGGUGCCCAUGGCGCACCACAUCACCGCGGGCGCCGACGUACUCCUGAUGCCCUCCCGGUUCGAGCCGUGCGGGCUGAACCAGCUCUACGCGAUGGCGUACGGCACCGUCCCCGUGGUGCACGCCGUCGGCGGGCUCAAGGACACGGUCGCGCCAUUCGACCCGUUCGGCGACGCCGGGCUCGGGUGGACGUUCGACCGCGCCGAGGCCAAUAAGCUGAUCGAGGCGCUCGGGCACUGCCUCGACACGUACCGGGACUACAGGGAGAGCUGGAGGGGCAUCCAGGCGCGCGGCAUGUCGCAGGACCUCAGCUGGGACCACGCCGCGCAGCUCUACGAGGACGUCCUCGUCAAGGCCAAGUACCAGUGGUGAACCCGGGCUCUCCAUCGAUCGGCCGCGCGACUUCUGCAGGUGUUGUUUCCCCGGUUUGAUCCAUGCUCAUUGCGAAUUCGACGGCCUCGAUGAAGAACAUCAGAUGCAACGCGGCGGUGGUGUGGCCGCAAAGUAGCGCCGGUGGCGUCCGAAAGCGAGAGUGGGAGGUAGUGUGCUGAGAUGUGUGCUUGAGGUGCUGCUUCCGAUUGGUUCGUACUUCUACCUCAUGUUCAGUAGGGGAGGUAUGGAAGUAUGCAUUUUUGCUGAUACACUGGAUGCCAACUUGAUAAGUGUAGCUGCUAUGUCCGUUGAUAGAAUGUUACUUCUCAUCGAGUGACAGCUAGCUGUCGUCAUGUCUGAUGGAUGAGUUUGAGCAUGUGGUGCAACCUA